UUUUUUUUUUUCUCUUUUUCGUGCUUGCAUAUUUCCUACCGCGUCCUACUUUACGAUGGCGGAGAAAGACCAGACAAGAGCCCAGGAGGCUUAUGACUCCGAGCGUACAAGUCCUAGUGCUGAUAUGUUCUCCAAGGAGGAUGACGAGGUCUUCAAGAAGACAACGACCGGGGUCGACUUCCGCAAGGUGGGCUGGUUCAAUGCCACCGUGAUCUUCACAAAGAUCCUGUUUGCGACCGGGGUGCUCUCGCUGCCAUCGGCCCUGUACGCACUCGGUGCUGUUGGGGGUUCCAUCAGCAUUGUCGCCUGGGGAGCCUUCAACACAUACUGCUUCGUGAUUCUGGGCAACUUCCGCCUCAAGCACCCGCACUGCCACUCCAUCGCCGACAUGGCCGAGGUCGCCAUGGGAAUUGUCGGCAAGGAAGUGACGGGUCUCCUCUUCAUCAUCGGCUACGUCCUGGUGACGGGCAGUGGCAUUGUCGGCGUGUCAACCGCGCUCAAUGCUCUGUCACACCAUGCGGCGUGUACCGUUUGGUGGUCGUUCCUAGCCACCGUGGUGAUCAUUGCGACUGCGUCAAUCCGCAAGCUCGAGCACGUUGGCUGGCUGAGCUACGUCGGGUUCGUGUCUAUAUACGUCGCUGUCUUCGUCGUCGUCGUCGGCGUGACGCAGCGGGACCGGCCAGCGGCUGCGCCGCAGGAAGGCCCCUACGACUUGGGGUAUGUCGCCAUAAACAACCCCGGAUUCGCGGGCGGCAUGGUCGCAUCGAGCACCGUCUUCGUCUCGUCGGCCGGGACCAGCGCGUUUCUGCCUGUCAUCUCGGAGAUGCGCAACCCGAAGGAAUACAAGAAGCCGCUGUACUACUGUAUGAGUCUGGUGACUGCUUCGUAUCUUGCCUUUGGGCUCGUCGUCUAUCGCUGGUGCGGCAUGUGGGUUGCCAGCCCGUCGCUUGGGAGCGCGGGACAAACAAUCAAGAUGGUGUCUUAUGGCAUCGCCCUGAUCGGCCUGAUUGUCAGCGGUGCUCUCUACCUGCAUGUCGGUGCAAAAUACGUCUUCGUUCGCAUCCUCGGCAAAACAGCUCAUCUACAAUCCAACAGCGUAAUCCACUGGGGAACCUGGCUAGCUUGCACAACAUUUCUCGGGGCGCUGGCCUUCAUCCUGGCCGAAUCGAUCCCGAUCUUCAAUUACCUCAUUGCGCUCGUCGGCUCGGUGUGUUUCGCGCCGCUAGCAAUGGGUCUUCCCGGGCUGCUCUGGCUGUAUGACCACGGGCACUACAGAAAGGGAUCGCUUGUGCAGAAGGUCGUGUAUUCGCUGCAUAUCGGCCUCGUUCUUCUGGGUGUCUUCUUCCUGGUGGGCGCGACGUAUGGGGUCGUCAAGCAGAUCAUUGAUGCGUAUGCAACUGGGCUGAUCGGAUCGGCGUUUUCCUGUGCGGAUAACUCGAACUCGUCUUGAUCGGCUCCCCUCGACCAGGGAGUUGAACUGUUUCUGCAGUGCGGCAAUGGUUCCUGGGAUCGACA